AUGUUUGACUAUCUCAUAAUUGGCGCUGGCCCUUCAGGGUUAUGCGCUGCAAAGACCAUCCUCGAGUGCGAGCCCGAGGCCAAAGUCAAGGUUCUAGAUGCGAACCAAACUCUAGGCGGAGUAUGGUCCAAACAAAUCAUCUAUCCGAGUCUCAAGACAAACAACCUUCGUGGUGGUAUUGACUUUUCCGACUUUCCUAUGCACGAUGGAUUCGGCAUCCAAGAUGGUCAGCAUCCUACUGGCGAUGUCAUGCACGAGUACUACAAAGCCUACGCAGAGCGUUCCAAGUUGUUGAGCAUCAUCGACUUUGACACACAAGUCAAUGACAUCUCGCGGCUCGAGGGUGCACGGGGCUGGGUUCUUAAGACCGUUACUACUUCCGCAGCAACCACCGGCGGCGCCUCUCAGACCGAAUACACCACCAAGAAACUGCUCGUCGCCACCGGCAUCACCAAUCUCCCACACCGACCGACCCUCGAGGGCUCCGAAGACUUUGGAGGACCCAUAAUCCAUUCGGCAGAGCUGGGUUUUAAGGGUGACCUGCUCUUUGCCAACGAGAACGUCGAGACGGUGGCGGUCCUCGGCGGCGGCAAGUCGGCGUACGAUUCCGUCCAGGCCGCAGGCAAGGCAGGUCGACAGGUCGAAUGGAUCAUCCGCAAGUCAGGCAAGGGUCCCGAAUGGGUGUUUCCGAGCCACACGAAGAUCGGCCCUUUUACGGUCCCGAGAGAGUUUCUACCUGCACGGCGCGCGGUGUCCUUUUUCAGCCCGUGCCUGUGGGACGACGGUUUCGACAAGUUUCGGUACUUUGUGCACUCGACCUCCGUCGGUAAAUUCGUCGCUCAAAAGUUCUGGGCAAACCUUCACGAGGCGACGAUUCAAGAUUGCGGCAUGCGUAACGACGAGCGGACUAGAGUCUUGGAGCCAGAGCAGAGUCCAUUCUGGUAUGGCACAGCGUCUGGUGUUUACAAUUUCGAAAAGGAUAUUUAUGAAAUGGUCAAGUCCGGACAGGUCCGAGUGCAUCGAGAAGACAUUGAUCACCUCUCUAAAGGUCACAUCACAUUCAAGCCGUCUUCUUCUACCGAUCCCCGUGACCCACCUGGUACUGGCAGCCGUACAAGUGAUCCGUCAAUAAUCCAAGUCGACGCCGUGAUCACCGCGACAGGAUUCUCGGCCAAACCUACCGUGACCUUUUCACCGACCUCGACGCACAGCGAUCUGGGUAUCCCGUCUACGACGUUCACAAGAUCCCAGCACGACUUUUGGGCCAGCCUCGACCGCGCCGCCGACGAAAAACUUUCGGUCAUGUUUCCACGUCUCACGUCUGGCCCCUUUAUGUCACCGAGCAGCAACACCGUACAACCUUACAACCCGGGGGCCGACGCCGAGGUCAAAUACACCCCCUUUCGGUUGUACCGAGGGAUCGCACCUCCGGGUCCAACCGCAGACGGCAAGCACGACCUCGUUUUCAUCGGCAUGUUCAGCAACCUCGCCAACACUCCCCGCAUGGAGUUGCAGUGCCUAUGGGGCUACGCCUACCUGAACGGCCACUUCGAGUCCAAGAUCGACCGGGACACCGUGUACGAUGAAUCCGCCCUCAUGUCGAGAUUCUCCAAAUUCCGAGCCCCCUUUGGUCACGGUCGAUUCUUCCCCGACUUGGUCUUCGACCAGGUCCCCUAUAUGGAUACCCUCCUGAGGGACCUCGGUUUGAAGUAUUGGCGCAAACCGGGUUGGCUGAGGGAACUCUUCGAGCCUUACCGGGCCAAGGACUACCGAGGUGUGGUCAAGGAGUGGUUGUCCUUGGCAUCAGUUGUGGCGACGAAGCCCGUCGUCGUCAAAGCAAACAAUAUGGCCUCGAUUGAGGUCGUGGCUGAGCACGAGGAUGAUGCCAUGAGAAAGAGUUCGAGCAAGAACAAGGACAAGAAUGGAAUGGAAAAGACGCCACUUCUCAAAAAGGGCGUUUGA